AUGGCCUUGGCCCCCGUGGUUUCCUCGAGGACACUGGACUCCCCGUCCAUAUCCUCUACCUCGGCCAACACACCCGCCCUCCCUCGUGAACACCCGCUCGCAGCCGAACUCGUAUCCCUUCGCCAACAACUCUCCCAGUACCGUCAAGCAGCGCACCAGGCCUCCAUCGAUGUCCAAGGUGUCCGUCUAGAGCUCGAUUUGGCGAAAGAGGAGGCAUCCGGCUUGAGGACUACCAAUGCCGCGCUGGUGGCAGAGGUGGACACGCUGCGCAACACUCCAGAGCCCCCUGCAGCUGCGUCUCCGUCCAACGCACUUGCCGAGCUCUCCCUCGCUCACCGCCGCCUCUCGGCCAAACUCGACUUUACCGAACAGCAGCUCGGAUCCGUGUCCCUCGAGCUCGCCUCGACCAAGCAGGAGCUUCAGCGCGCCCAGCGCGAGCGUGAGGGAGAGCGUGCAGUUCUUGUGGAACUGCGGCGUAUUGAAGAAGACCGCGAGGAAGAGUGCCAGUUUGAGAGGUCGGAACGGAAACGCAUCGAGGAACAAAAGAAGCUGGUCGACCUCGCGCUGCAAGAGUAUGGGGCUCUCGUCAAGCGCCUCGACCCCAGUGCGGUCCCGCCUGCUCUGCCGAAGCGCGCGACCGACAAUGUUCUUCAACAGCCGCCCGAGCUCUCGGCGGCGGCCGCUGACGACGAUGCCCCAGCUGUCCCUCCAAAGGAGGAGGCAGUCGACGCAGUCGAUGCCCUCGAAGAGAUCUCGCUGUCCUCCCCCAUCUCCCCCAAGGUGGACCAAACCCUCGACUUGCCUCCGAGCACAAAUUCAAAGGAGCCCGACUCCAUUACCACUUCGUCUGAAGCCAUCUCCAACCUCUUGAUCGGCCAGCGUGGUGUUCACCGCCUUUUCCGCGACUUUACUUCCGCCCUGAGUUCCAAGGACAAGGAGAUUCACAGUCUCCAGGCCAAGCGCGAGGAGCUGGAACACGCGCUCAGUGUCCUUCGCGAGCAGCUCGAAGCAGAGACUACCGCCCGUGUCGAUGCCCAGGCCGACCGCGACCGUGCCCUCCGCGACGACGCUUCCGCAGCCAAGGUCGUCGAGCGCUACAUGACCUUUUCGCAAAAGGCCCACCAGACGGUCCACAUGCACCUCGGACAACAGCGCCAGCGCGCGGCGUCGACACAGGCGUCCCUCCGUGCCGAGGGUGCGUCCUUCCGCCACCGCAUGAGGAGCGAGGCCGACCGCAGUGCGCGCCUCCGCGCUGCAUGCGAGGAGAUGGCCGACGAGCUGGGUCGCGAGUCGGCUGGACGCAGACGCGAGGUCGCCCUGCGUUUGGGCAUGAUUGCUGCCGAUGAGGCGAGGGCACAGCGUGCCGAGAGUUGGCUCGACCGUGUGCGGCGCGCACGAGAGCAGGCCGAUGGCCCAGCGCCCGACUGGCCUGCGCUCGUUGACGAGGCUCAGGGGAUUCUUGCACCGACUGAGAAGCGUGACCAGGCAAAGGCGCCUGGUGGAUCAGGAUUCCGCGCCCGUUUCCUCCGCCGUAAGAGUGUAAGCAAGCCUGCUGCUACUCCCCCAACAGCUUCGACCGAGGACCAAAGCCUGGCGCGUAUCUUCCUCGCCGAGGAGCUUGUGCAGCAUCUGGUUACCGACCUCCAGAUUGAGACCGAACGCCGUAUCGACCUCGAGCAGCAGCGUGUUGCCUGGUUGGCCAAGGAGGCCGAAGAUGGUGUUCCUGCGGCGAGUGGAGAGCUGGGCGGUCUCGUGUUUGACGUCGAGGACGAGGAUGACGACAAGAAGGAAGAUGCAGAGGUCAAGGGCGACGACACGGACAAGGUCACCACUGCCGACGCCCCCGAACCGCCUACUUCCCCUCCUCCUCCUCCCGAGAUGGAGGACCUCACCAUCCUCUUCGAGGCCCUCGAGUCGCGCUACAAACCUCUUCAAAAGUCGCUCCACGACCAGGCCCACGCCCUCAAGUCGCUUCGCGCAUCCCUACCCGCCGCUCCGGGAAGCAGCAACGGCGCCACCUCCACCAGUACCCCUACUUCGACCUCUGGAACCAAGCGUGCAGCUCUCGGUCGCGCCCUCGCUCUCCGCCCAGCUCGUACUGCCCACGACGACCUUGUUUCCAUCCUUGACGGCUUGCACGAGGUCAUCGAAGACGCUCGCGUCGAUGCCGAGAUUGCCGUGGCCGACGAGGACAGGCAGUUCCACGGCUUUGCCGCCCUCCUCGGUGUCGGUGCCAACGGUGUCGUGCAAGCCAGCUCGGUCCUGCGCGAUGCCCGUGCGUAUGCCGACGCUCGCUCAGGCGACGACACGCCGUUCGCCCGCCUCAACGCUCGUGUCGAGGACAUUGAGAACGACCUCGCGCUCAUCAAGCGGACGCUCCAUGAGGCACACGGUCUCGACGAGCCCGAGGAGGAGACGCCCGCCCCGGGCACCAAGAAGGCGCGCAAAAAGUCGCCAUGGAUCGACAUUCCCCUCCGCACCGUCUCCCCAGCCCCAGGCGGCAACCGCACCAGUACCCCGCAGCCAUCGCUUCUCGCCGCCGCGUUGGUGGAGGACGAUACCGACGACGACAUGCCCAAGCUCACCGCGCCGCGUCCAAGCAUCUUCAGCUCGGUCGGCCAGGUCGGCCGCAGCUUUUCCAGCGGCGUCGUCGGCGCCGCGUCUGGUGUCGCCGGCGCGCCCCGCCGCGUCAGUGAUCUUGCUGGGGGUCUGUAUAGGCCCAAACCACGCGCAACGCCCGAGGAGCAGCCGCUGGCGGAGGAACGUCACGGCGACGAGGAUGUGGAGUAG